CCUAUCCAAAGGCCAGUAUAUUGAGUCCAGCCUUUCUCCUGUAGUCCGCCUCUCUCUCUCUCUCUCACGCUCUCUCUCCAACCCAAACAAAACCCAAAACCCAGGAACGAUCUUCCGGAAUUCCAUCAGGAUUGCCAGAACUCGGCAUGGACGGUCUGGAAAUCCGGACACCUCCACCGGAUUCGUCUUACUAAAUGUCAGGCGAUCCCUACUUCCUGCAUCGCCGAGGUCGUCCUCGAAGACGAAGGCGAUGGCCGCAGGCCCGGCCGGCCGUCUGCUGAUUUCUCUAGAACAAGCAAGAGUAGCAGAGCAUUCCAAUUUAUAGCAUAGCUAUAGUGGAAGAUUCCAAUUUCCGAGAUAGAUAUAUAAACAGGAAGAAAAUAAUACCAGAAUUUUAAUAGAAAGCAAUUAAAGCGUGAAGAAGGAACCAAAACAAUCAUCUUGGGCACCGGUCAGCAAAUUUCCAUGGCGACGGUGAGCGCCUCGCCGUCGCCCGACGAGUUAGCGGCGAAAGUGGCGCAUAAGAGGUACGAAGGGUUAUUAAUGGUGCGCUCGAAGGCGCUCAGGGGAAAGGGCGCGUGGUAUUGGGCUCACCUGGAACCCAUCCUCAUCCAAACCUCCGACACCGGCAUCCCUAACGCCGUCAAGCUCCGCUGUUCCCUCUGCGACUCCUUCUUCUCCGCUUCCAACCCUUCCCGCACGGCCACAGAGCAUCUCAAGCGCGGCACUUGCCCCAAUUUCACCUCUCAACCCAAACCCAUCACCUCCAUCCCUCACCAAGUCAACAACCGCAAGCGAUCCUACGCCGUCGACGUCGUAUAUUCCUCCUCCUCAACCCCUCCACAGCAGCCACAUUUGUUGCUCUCCGGUGGGAAGGACGAUCUCGGCCCGCUUGCCUUGCUCGAGGACAGCGUCAAGAAGCUCAAGAGCCCUAAAACUUCACCUGGCCUUGCUCUUUCUAAAGCCCAAGUAGACUCCGCCGUUUCGCUUCUCACCGAUUGGGUCUACGAAUGCGCCGGCGCGGUUUCGUUUUCAUCCAUUGAACAUCCAAAGUUCCAGGCUUUUUUAAGCCAGGUCGGCAUGCCAGCAAUCCCUCGCCAGAUGCUCGCCGGCGCCCGCCUGGACGCUAGGUACGAGGAGGCGCGAUCCGACGCCGACGCUCGCAUCCGGGAAGCGAAAAUUUUCCAGCUUGCGGCAGACGGAUGGAAGUCCUGCUCUUCGCCUGACGACGACUGCUUCGUCUCCCUAACCGUUAAUCUCCCCAAUGGCACGACCGUCUUCCGCCGCGCAAUCCUCACCCAUGGCCGCGGGCACUUUAGCUACGCAGAGGAGGUGCUUAGGGAUACUGUCGUCGACGUCUCCGGUGGCGUUGGCGGCGUAAACCGCUGUGCCGGGAUAGUCUCCAACCGAUUCCAUUCUAAGGCUCUUCGCAAUCUGGAGAGCCGGAAUCCAUGGAUGAUAAAUCUUUCCUGCCAACUCGAAGCUUUCCGCAGCCUGCUCAAUGACUUUGCCCGCGACCUUCCACUCUUCCACAAUGUCACCACAAGAACGUCAAAAAUCGCUUCUUUCUUCAACGACAUUUCGCCUGCAAGAACCAUACUCCACAAAUAUCAAUUACAGGAGCUCGACAGAACCCGCCUUCUCCAUUGCCCGUCCUCUUCCAUGCACGGAAACUUUUCACCAAUCUUCGCCAUGCUCGAUGACAUAAUUUCCUCCGCUCGCCCGCUACAAUUGGCCGUCCGCGACGAAUCUUACAAAAUUCUCUUCCUCGAGGACCCCGACGCCAGGGAAUUAGCGGAGACGAUCUCAAACAACGGGUUUUGGAAAGAUUUACAAGCCGCACAUUCACUGGUCAAGCUCAUCCGCAACAUGAUGCGUGACAUAGAAUCAACCCGACCGCUCAUCGGGCAAUGCCUGCCGCUCUGGGAUGAUCUAAGGCUCAAACUAAAAAAAUGGUGCGCCAAAUACAGCAUCGAAGAAACAGCCGCCUGCAAGGUGUUCGACAAAAGGUUCAGGAAGAACUAUCACCCAGCGUGGGCUGCCGCCUUUAUACUCGACCCUGUAUAUUUAUCAAAGGAUUCAAGCGGCAAAUAUCUUCCACCAUACGAAUACUUGACACCUGAGCAAGAGAAAGACGUCGACAAAAUAAUAACAAGGCUGGCCUCUCGAGAAGAAGCUCACAUUGUGCUCAACGAGCUAAUGAAAUGGAGAUCAGAGGGAAUGGAUCCUCUCUACGCCCAAGCUGUGCAGGUGAAGCAGAUCGAUCCGGCGACAGGGAAGAUGAGAAUUGCUAACCCACAAAGCAGCCGGCUUGUAUGGGAGACUUGCCUGAGCGAGGGAUUUGGAUCACUUGCGAAGGUUGCCGUGAGACUCAUCUUCUUGCACGCCACGGCGUUUGGCUUCCGAUGCAAUCUCUCGCUGUUGCGUUGGGUGUCCAAGCAAGGCUGGUCGAAGCCAGGCAUGGAAAGAGCACUAAAGGUGGUUUUUGUCUCAGCGCAAUCAAAAUUGGAGAGGAGAGAUUACUCGAAUGAGGAGGAGAAGGAUGCCGAGCUCUUUGGUAAAGGAGAAGAUGAUCCGCUUAAUGAGACUUUCUUUGAUGCCUCUUCGUUGUAAAUUUUCGUUUGGUUUGGUUUGAUUUGAUUUGUUUCUUUUUUGCCUUUUGGUUUGCAUUGUUUAUUGCUUCCAUCCAUUUUUUUUGUAGAAAUGAAUUUGCCAUAGUUGUUUCUGCAAGUUCAUCUCUGUGCCCUAAUUAGCUUCAUGUGGGGGGUAAGGGCAUGGAUGGAGAAUAGGUUUCUCUAAUUUGCUUUAAUGGAGUUUCUGGCUUUUGUGUUGGUAA